UGCGGAUGAGGAGUUGGCGGCGGCGAUCGCCGCGGAGGAGGCGGCUGCCCAAGCGGAGUCCGGCGAGGGCCCCGAGGGAAACCCAGACUUUCCCAUGGCCUCGCUGUACGUGGGCGACCUGCACCCCGAGGUGACCGAGGCGAUGCUGUACGAGAAGUUCAGUCCGGCCGGGCCCAUCCUGUCCAUCCGCAUUUGCCGGGACAAGAUCACCCGCCGCUCGUUGGGCUACGCGUACGUCAACUACCAGCAACCGGUGGACGCCAAGCGGGCCCUGGAGACCCUGAACUUUGAUGUCAUCAAGGGCAGGCCAGUGCGCAUCAUGUGGUCCCAGAGGGACCCCUCGCUCCGCAAGAGCGGGGUGGGCAACGUCUUCAUCAAGAACCUGGGCAAGACCAUCGACAACAAGGCGCUGUACAACAUCUUCUCGGCCUUCGGCAACAUCCUGUCCUGCAAGGUGGCCUGCGAUGAGAAGGGCCCCAAGGGCUACGGGUUCGUGCACUUCCAGAAGCAGGAGUCGGCUGAGAGGGCCAUAGAUGCGCUGAAUGGCAUGUUCCUGAACUACCGCAAAAUUUUCGUGGGGAGAUUCAAGUCGCAUAAAGAGAGGGAGGCAGAAAGGGGAGCCUGGGCCCGGCAGUCCACCAGUGCUGACCUCAGAGAUUUCGAGGAUGACACCGAUGAGGAGGCCACCUUCCGAUGAAGACGUCCUAGCAGCUAGCCAGUAGAGCCAGACCUUGGCUCUCACCCGGUUUACAGCGUCCCCGCCCCCACCCCCACCCACCAGCAGUGUAUUGUAUUGGGAGUGCAGGUCUCUCUCUCUCUCUCUCUCUCUCUCUCUCUCUCUCUCCUGUGUGUUUUCUGUCUCUCUAACGCUGUCUCUCUCUCCCCCUCUCUCUCUCUUCCUUCCUCUCUCCCCCCUCCACUCCUCUUCUGCUCCCCUUCAUUCUUUUCUCCAUCUGUCUGUCCCCACU